AUGGGAACUAGGUCCUCUUGCACAUUGCACGUGACAUCUAAUUUUGGAAGAAAGCAGCAGGGGACUGAUCGAGAAGAUAGCAAUGUUACAAGUGGUGGAGAAAGUUGGCAAGUGCCAACAGGACGCAGAGAUGGUCGCAUCUCAAAGGCUUCGGAUGUGGAUUUGCCUCCCCCAACUGAGCCUGUUCAUACCCACAAACACAAGUUUGCAGCAAAAGGCCUCAACACUCUUGACCUUGUCACCCUUGCAGGUGGACAUAGCAUUGGUACAGCAUCAUGUCAAGCUUUCAGCAACCGACUGUACAACUUCAAUGGAAAUGGUCCUGACCCUUCCAUCGACCCUUCAUUUCUUUCCAAACUACAAGCACAGUGCCCACAAAGCAGUGGAGCAAAUAGAGUGGCUCUAGAUGAUGGUAGCCAAAACAAAUUUGAUACAUCUUAUUACCAUAAUCUAAGGAAGGGCAGAGGAAUCCUUCAGUCUGAUCAGGCACUGUGGACUGAUGAUUCAACAAAGACCAUUGUGGAGAGGUACUUAGGCAUAAAAGGUUUAGCUGGAUUAACAUUCAGUCUCCAAUUUGGAAAAUCUAUGGUCAAGUUGAGCAACAUUGAGGUCAAGACUGGGACCGAUGGUGAAAUUCGCAAGAAAUGUUCUGCUUUCAAUUAG